AUGGAGAUUAGAGAAAACCCUAACCUUAACCCUAACCCUAAUAUAUCCGAUGAUCUUUUGAUGACAAACAUCCUCCCAAGACUACCUCCAAAAUCACUAAUCCGAUACAAAACUGUUUGUAAACAAUGGCGAUCCAUAAUCUCAAACCCUAAUUUCAUCGAAUCGAAUCUUCGACUAUCGAAAACAAAUCAUAAUAACAAUGGGGUUUUGGUCCCAUCUUUAUCUAAGUCUUUAUCAAGAGAAAGGGUAGAAACAUUAACCUACAUCUCUUAUGAUGAUUUCAGCACCACAGACUUCCAAUUCAAUAAGUCGAAAUACGGAUUUUAUAAUCUUGGUUCAUGCAAUGGAUUACAAUGCUGCUGGCUAAAUUGUGGUGAAAUGUGUGUUUGGAAUCCAAUCACUAGCGAAUGCCGUAAAAUUCCAGACCCACUCGCGGAAUAUCCAUGCCAGUAUGUUUCAGGGUUCGGGUACAUCCCGUCGUUGGAUGAUUACAAGCUUGUGAUCUUGGACCUAAGGGAGGUGAUUCGAGUUUAUUGUUAUACGUUGAGGAGUUGUGAUACCGAAUGGAAACAACUCUAUGCGGAUAUUGGUUUGGGACGUAUUAGUCCUUUGUACGGUUAUUUAUGUCCUGGAAUUGUUUUGCCUAAUUCGAAAUCACAUUGGUUAGUAAGAUAUAACAUUGAUGACUACAACAAUGAAGAUGACUUGAUUAUUCUAGGGUUUGAUAUGGAAAUGGAUACCAUCAACACAGUAAACCCGCCCGAGGAAAUUAUUGUGGCCUGGCAGCAGAGGAUCCGGAUCCGACACAGUGGCGUCUAUACUUGUCUGAGUAGCAUUAAGGAUGAUCUAUGUAUUGCGAUGACGGCCCGCGCGUACGGGGAGGGGGUAAGUGGAUGUCUACAAGUGUGGAGGCUUGAACGGUACGGUGAUUCGAGUUCAUGGAACAAGUUUUUGAAGCUUAACAAUGUCGAGAUCCCUACGAGUUCAUGUAACUUUUUUACUUUGUAUGAGUCUAGGGAUGGUGUGAAGUUAUUAACGCAUUCGACCUCGAAAGUAUGGAGUUUGUACCUAAAGAGUAAGAGUGAUCAUCAAAUUAUUACGCUUCAUGAAUGGUUUGAAGAUGAAACGUCUCAAUAUUGGGAAUACUUUGUACCGGCAGUCUCGUAUGUUGAAAGUCUUGUUUCACCUUUCAUGACGUACAACCAAAGAACCUAG